GGGAGGGGAGGGAGUGGAGCUGCUUGGAGGCAAAGGCUGGUGCGAGAAGAAGAGGAGGACGAGGAGGUGGAGGACGAGGAGAAGCAUUAUGCGGCGGUGAGAAUUGUGGAGAUAACACAGUGCGCGUGCCGAGGCAAAGGAGAAUUGGGACGUAGGCGGUACUUACUGUAGGCACAUGUGAUUGAAUUCUCAUUCGGAGCUUUUGGAAAGGCUCAUGAGAUUCGAGUGAGUCGGAGUCGUCGUCGUGGGCGUGGUGGUGGUGGGAGGAAUUGAGGCGGACUGAUUGGACUAGCAGCGACUGGCCGGGUGGGUUCGCUGUGUGCGGCUGGUGAUUCUUGGAGCCUAGAGGAAGUACAUCGAUUAGCUAUCGGGCCUUUCUUUUUCCUUCUGACGAACCAGUUCUGCACUUUUUUUUAUUUUUAUUUGGAAAUCCGGUGCUGUGGUCAGGAUUGGAAAAUUCUGUGAAGUAGAUCCUCUUGGCCCACUCUUGGAAAGACGGCGUUGGUUUCUCCUGGAGAAAGCGAGAUUGGUGAGAUUUACUUCUGGGUUGGCGAGCUUUUAUCGCUAGCUAGGUAGAGUGAACUAGCACUCCUCAUGAGGAGCAUAAGUAAGACAGCUGCGUUGUCCCUUCAGAGACUGUCGAAGCCUUACGCUAGGUCCACCUGAAAGUGGCCUCCACUACUCUGUUUCGGCUGAACGAGGGCAAGUGGAUCCUGAACACUUGGCUGGCCGGCACAAAAUAUUGCUGAUCUUCUUAAAUUCCCCGUGGAUUCGACUGCAGCAGACACGGAAUAUAUCGAGCGACUCGUCUGCCGCUUGAACAAUUGACGGACAGUCAUUUCCGCUUGGAAGAAAGCAUCGACCAUCCUGUUAUAAUUUGUUCGACAAGUCAACACGCCCUGGUCUUGUCGUGGCAAGUGCUAGCGCUGGUCGCCAUCUACGAACUAGAGUUUCUGCCAAGGCGUGGUCUCGCCUUUUGGGAGAAUUUUGUUGAUGCAGAGGCAGAUGCCGAAAAGUAUAUAGCGGAGUUUCGCCUGCUAUUUCCUGUCUAAGUUCGGCAGGGGCGUUGGGGGCAGAAGCUGGUGAUCAGUUGGGACGUUCAUUUUCUCCAACUGAUUUUCAAUAUGUUUUCGUCAUUUAAUACCCUUCCUUCGAGAAUUAGGGCGUUGAAUGCUUGGAAGGAAAAUCUUUAGGACUCCAUUUGUGGCAUUUGCGGCUGCAAAGAGAAAUUUCUGGGAGUCGGAGUAUCUUCAAGUUGCUCUGUGGCCCGGUCUAUCUGAAUGAAAAUGGAGGCGGCUUUGAAACACUCGUCCAUUUCAAAACGGUCUGGAUUGUUGAAGCAUCAACUGCAACUUGUCAAGAGGAAGGAUUGUGUGGAUGAGCGCUAUGAAAUUGCUCCGAUUCCCGAUUCUUUGUCUUUCGAGAAAGGAUUUUUUCUCUUUAUCCGAGCAAUGCAACUCCUUACUCAAAAGACGGAAGGCGUUAUCUUUGUGGGACUUGCCGGUCCCUCCGGUGCAGGAAAAACUGUAUUUACAGAGAAGGUGAGCAACUUCAUGCCAGGCAUCGCCAUGAUUUCAAUGGACAAUUACAAUGAUGCGAGCCGUCUGGUGGAUGGCAACUAUGACGAUCCAAGACUUACUGAUUACGACACGCUCCUGGAGAACAUCCGCUGUCUCAAGGAGGGAAGGCCUGCCGAAGUGCCUAUUUAUGACUUCAAAACCAGCAAGCGUGUUGGUUACAAGACGGUGGAUGUGCCUGCAUCCAGGGUUGUGAUUAUUGAAGGCAUAUAUGCUCUAAGUGAGAGGCUUCGGCCACUUCUCGAUUUAAGAGUUUCAGUAACGGGGGGUGUCCACUUUGACCUCGUCAAGAGGGUGCUUCGGGACAUUAAUCGGUCCGGCCAGGCUCCCCAAGACAUUAUUCAUCAAAUUUCCGAAACAGUGUAUCCAAUGUACAAAGCUUUCAUCGAACCAGAUUUACAGACUGCGCAGAUAAGAAUUGUGAACAAGUUCAAUCCAUUCUCUGGGUUUCAGAGUGCUACUUAUAUCCUGAAGUCCGCUCGAGUUGUUACUGAAGAGGAAAUUCGGGCUGUACUCUCGGAAGACCAUACAAUGACAACUGAAGAAACGUAUGACAUCUAUCUUCUGCCACCUAAUGAAGAUCCAGAAACAUGUCAAUCGUACCUAAGGAUGCGUAACCGGGAUGGCAAAUAUAGUCUCAUGUUUGAGGAAUGGGUCACCGACAAUCCUUUCAUCAUAUCACCACGCAUCACCUUUGAAGUUAGUGUCCGUCUUCUUGGAGGUUUGAUGGCUCUUGGCUAUGAAAUGGCUACAAUUUUGAAGCGGACCAGCCACGUAUUUGCUGAUGAUAAAGUUGUAGUGAAGAUUGAUAAGCUCGAACAGCUGCAGAGGAGGUACAUACAGGUUCAAGGUAAAGAUAGGAUAACGGUUGGAGAAGUUGCCAAGAAGCUGGGAUUGGAUGGAACGUAUAUACCUCGGUCUUACAUCGAGCAGAUUCAACUCGAAAAGCUUACCGCUGAAGUCACGGCAGAGGAGAAAACUCCUGAGCCCAUUGUGACAAAGGGGAGACCUUUGCCCAUCACGAACCUUAGGUUGGCCGACAGGGGUUAUCCCACAGAUGUUGGCUCUCCAUUAUAUUGGAGAAGGGUGUUGGCGUUGCCUGAUGAUCUGAGAGAAAAAUUGUCGAUUAACGAGAAUACUAUUUCAAGUCCGAUGCCUUCUUUUUCAUGGAUUUCGGACGUGAAGCCCGGUGCCCGCAAUUUAUACAGCAGAAGCCUCAGCUGGACCAGGGAUGUGUUCAAGGAUAUGAAUAAGAGUGUUACUGAGAAUAGUACCGAACCAGAACCUCCGCGACCUAGUAGGUUGAUGGUCAAGCCAACUCCGAUUCGCUCUGAUUCUAACAAGCAGCGGAAUUUUGAAGACAGAGGACCGGAUUCUCCUGCAUCAUUUGCUGACCAGAAUUAUCAGAAAAUUGCGGAGCAGUUGGCUGGACUGAACGAGCGCCUAGAUGAGUUGUUUUCUCGACUGGGCGAACUUGAGACGAAGUUUCCUGCUUCUGGAAACGUCGCACGUACAAACUCGUUUGUAUCGACAAGUAAUGCUCAUGCUGUGGGUUCUUUUGGAAGCAAUGGUGUGCAUUGUAACGGGGGAGUACCGAACGGAGUUGUCACUACUUCGAUAUCUCCAAGUCCAUUAGAGUCCACUUUGGUUGAAGAGGUGAAGAUAUUAGCUCGAGGCCAGCGCCACAUAACAACCCAGUUGGAUGUGCUCAGCAACAUAGUGCGAGACAAUCUGGUUCACCCUAAUCAACAGAAGCAGAAGGCUUACGAAACCAAAAGGAGAGGCCGACUAGAUGGGUUGUUGGGAAAUAUGAAGACUAGUGAGACCGGGUUUGCUACCGUAGCAGUUGUCAUAGCCGUGGGUUUUUGUACUGUCACUGCAGUUAUAGCCGCCCGCACUCUUAAGAGUAGGGCACAGUGAGUUCCCUUCGUGAAACAUAGCAGGCUCCGUCUAUCAUCUUGCCAUGUCUCCAGCCUGGAGUUUUCAACACCCUGUAGUUUUGGCCCAAGUUUCUCAGGGGUAUUGCGUUUCACGCUGCAUGAGAGUUUUCUGUGCCCCACUAGCUAGCCCGAGAAAGGUAGCUGAUUGCGGUGGCUGCUUGCCUAUGGGGCAAAUCACUGCAACCGGACCUAUUUGGAAUGAAAGCAUGAGUUGGAGAAUGAAGUACGGGAGGGAGAUUAUGAAGAAAAUUCUAGUUGUAUACAAUUGUAGCUAACAAAAUGUUCUAGUUUAGCGAGCAGUGUAAUUUAACGUUGUACGAUCAGAGUUCAAUUUAGCGUGUCAUAUGAAUUAAUUGUCAAGGCAGAAGAACGAAAGUUCAUGGAACAAUAAUGAGAGAGAUAGAGACGCCAUACAAAUGUGGUCUCUUCAAGCUUCCAACAGCCGUUGGUCAAUUUAUCGCUACUCCUCUAUUUCACC